CACUCGUCAAUAACGUACAAUGGGAAGUAAUAAAGCACCCAGAGGAAGCGAAGGCUUUAAAUCGGAGCGAACCUGUCUUCGCCAACGCUGAUUUAAUCCACCAUCUUAAUCCUGGAACAAAGAUUAUACUCAUGCUAAGAAAUCCCAUCGACAGGUCAUGGUCUGCGUAUCAGUAUUUUGGUCUAACUAGUCAGAAAAGCCAGGAAGACUUUCACAGACUAACAGUGAGAUCGAUAUCCGAUUUCCAGCAAUGUCUCUCUCAAAACGAGCUCCGCCAUUGUGUCUACCAUAGCCAUAACGUAAGGGACAGAUACAAGGGUAUACCGAAUGUAUGGCCUAACAUAUAUCACGUACACUUGCAAGAAUAUUUCCGGGUAUUUCCAAGAAAGCAGAUACUCGUUCUUAAUAUAGAAAGUUAUUCGAAAGAUAUCAGAGCAGCCAUGGAAAAGGUGUAUGCUUUCUUAGAACUCGGAAAGCUACCAGAGGCUAUGUGGGAGACAGUGGCCACCACUACAAAAAGGAACGAGCUUUCUAGCAGCAGACGUAUUGGAAAUAUGUGGAACAAAACACGAGAACUGUUACAAGAUUUCUAUGCACCAUAUAACAAGGAGCUAGUAAGACUUUUAGGCAGCGAGUUUGAUUUUAACAAAUGAUUAUAAUAAUAAUAUGUUCGAGUGAUAAGGUUCAUGUUAUUUCCAUGUUGUUUCACAUUUAUGAGGAAUUUUCUAUGUUUAAAACGCAAUUGCAAAGACAUUUAGGCAGCGGGUUUGAUUUUAACAAAUCACUAUAAUGUUUAUAUCUUCGAGGGAUAAUGUUAAUGUUAUUUCCAUGUUGUUUCACAUUUAAAAUGUCGUUUCUGUGUUGAUAGUGGAAUUGUAGAGACAAUUGCUUAAAACAUGAAGAAAACUUCUGUUUUUGACACGAAAACAUAUGCCACCCCUGUUAA